AGUUAGCCACACAAAAAAAACUUGGUCUCUUUUUCUCUCGCAUUAAUACUUUCUAAACAAAGGAUUAAGCUGGUAAAUAAUUUCAGAAAAAUACAAUACUGUAUUAAUUACUUAUUGAAUCUGAAAGAUUCCCAUCCCGACAAGUAAACCCACUACCAAAAAAUUUUCAUUUGUUACUCUAAACCCCCAAAACUCUCUGCAAAACCCUAAUCAUAUAGCUCCCGAAAUUUUCCCGCUUCGAUCUUCCCCUCAACUCUCAUAAUUGGUCACGACGUUUUAAAUCUGAUGGUCUACCUUGGUUUGCAUUUUUCACCUGAAAAUGUUGCACUUACUUUCCCUGUUUCUUCUACUUCUGCUUUUACCACUGACUUGUCCUUUUCCGGGGUCUGGUCCUCACAUUGCGGAUGUCAACAUACUGUUACCUCCCAAAAUGACACACCCUGUUGAGUAUAGACUUCAAGGAAGUGAUGGUUGCUUCAAAUGGUCAUGGGAUCAUCACGAUAUUUUAGUGGUGCUACCUGAGUACAAUGUCAGUAGUCAAUGCUCUACAAGUGCCCGCUUGAAAUCAAUUGCCCCUUAUAGUGGUCGAAAGGAGACUGCUGUCUAUGCGACAGAUGUGAACACUGGAGCUGUUAUCCGAUGCAAAGUUUACAUUGACAACUUCUCUAGGAUCCAGAUAUUCCAUAGUUCCGUCAAACUUGACCUUGAUGGCCUUGCUACUCUACAUGUCCGUGCCUUUGAUAGUGAAGAGAAUGUUUUCUCGUCUUUGGUGGGCAUACAAUUCAUGUGGGGCUUAAUGCCUGAAACUGAUGGAUUGCCUCAUCACCUGAACCAUAUACCUUUGAAGGACUCUCCAUUGAGUGAUUGUGGUGGAUUAUGUGGUGACCUAGAUAUCCAAAUAAAGCUUGAAAAUAGUGGUGUGUUUUCUGAUCUUUAUGUGGUAAAGGGGACAGAAAUCGGCCAUGAAAUAGUGACUGUUCAUUUGGCUGAACCAUCUGUUAAAUAUAUGGAGGAUAAAAUUGUCCUAACUGUGGCAGAAGCCAUAUCUCUGGAACCUCCUUCACCGGUUUGUGUCCUUAUUGGUGCUUUUGUUCAUUAUAGUCUUAAAGUUAUCCGUGGGAAUAGGCCACAACUUGUAACUCUGCCUUCUGCCUUUCACCGAUGGUCUGUUUCGAACUCCUCAGUUGCUCAGGUAGACAGGAUGGUGGGUACUGCUAAGGCUUUGAACUUGGGAAUAACAACAGUAACUGUUGAAGAUACUAGGGUGGUUGGUCAUACACAAGUGUCUUCUUUCCAUGUUGUCCUGCCAGAUUCCUUAUCAUUGUAUAUAUUACCUCUAUCUCUUUCUGGUGAUCAUAUAGAGGGAAUUGAACCAAUACCCUCUGUAGCACGCUGGUAUGUAGUUUCUGGUCGGGAAUAUCUUGUUCAAGUAAGGAUUUUCUCGAAAGGAACAUGGGCACAACAAGAAGUUUACAUUACAGAAAAUGAUGACGUUAAGUUGCAUGAUGACCCAUCAGAAAUCUGGAGUAUAAUUCCCUCAUCCAAUCGCGUUGGAGAGAAGGGGCUAUCCAGAAUCCUAAAAGCUUUCUCAUAUGGUCUGGGAAAAUUGACAGCGACUCUCACAUAUAACACUGGGCAUGGAGAAACAAAGGAAGUUCUCAGGGUUGUUCAAGAAGUUAUGGUUUGUGACCAGGUGAAGUUCAGCAUGGAAGGUGUCUCCGACAGUAUUACUCUUCCUUGGGCACCUGGUGUUUAUCAGGAGUUGGAGCUAAAGGUUACUGGGGGCUGUGCAAUGGUGUCUGGUGACUACAAAUGGUUCUCUUCGGACAUGGCGAUUGUGUCGGUAUCUACUUUUGGGGUUGUCCAGGCAAAAAGACCUGGAAAAGUUACUAUAAAGGCUGUCUCAGUUUUUGAUUCUCUAAAUUAUGAUGAGAUAGUUGUUGAAGUGAGUUUGCCUUCUUCAAUGAUAGUACUGCCUAAUUUUCCGGUGGAGACUCCUGUAGGUUCAUAUCUUCGAGCUGCUGUGACAUUGAAAACAUUGGAUGGUGGCUUAUUCUACAAAUGUGAUGCUUUUACGCCAUUCAUCAAGUGGAAAACUGGAAAUGAAGCUUUCAUUGUUGUGGAUGCUGGUGAGACCUUCAUUGCUGAAAAGCGAGAAAUUCUUCCAAUUGGUUCCGAGAAAUAUGGCCCUGCAUGUGCAUGGACCUAUGUCUAUGCUUCUAAUUCCGGUCAGACGAUGCUACAUGCAACAUUGUCAAAAGAAUUUCAACAGUAUGAUCACUCUACUGGCAGUUCUGUUGUUCUGCAAGCAACCUCGCGUAUUGCAGCAUUCGUACCACUCAUUCUGCACCCUGCAAGUGAUGGAAACCAGUUUGGUGGUUAUUGGUUUAAUUUGGUUAAGGCUGAAGCUGAUAAUCGCUUAGAGAAUAUGGAGCAUCUAUAUCUUGCCCCUGGCACAUAUUUUGAAGUGAUGCUUCGUGGUGGACCUAAUCGAUGGGACCAGGGAGUUGAAUUUGUUGAAUCCGUGGAAAGAUUGGAUGAACAAAAUCUCAGGGUUCAAGAUGGGGCUCUAGUUAAUCAAGAAUUUACCAGCUAUGGGAGCACGUACAGAAUCAAGUGCCAAGAUGUUGGAAUCUUUAGGCUUCUUUUCAAACGUGGGAAUUUAAUUGGAGAGGGGCAUCCUCUGCCUGCUGUAUCUGAAGUGCAAUUGUCACUCACAUGUGGUUUCCCAUCAUCUAUAGCAGUAAUAGCUGAUGAAACUGUUAAUUCCGUUGAAGUGAUUCAGACUGCAGCUCAGGCUGACCGUGGCAGUGGAAGGAUUCGUACUACCCCAGUCACAAUAGCAAAUGGGCGCACAGUUCGACUAUCAGCUGUUGGCAUUAGUGAGACUGGAAUAGCUUUUGGAAAUUCAUCUUCUCUUCCUUUGAAGUGGGAGCUUAAAGAUUGUGAUGAUCUAGCAUUUUGGGAUGAUAUCCACAACUUAGCAAUGCUAUCAACUUGGGAGAGGUACUUGGUCUUGGCAAAUGCAACUGGACUAUGUGUUGUACGAGCAACAGUUAUUGGAUCCAUUGAUUCUGUUAGCCAUCGUCACUCUCUUAAACAUGUGCCAGGCUCCGAAACUGAUCUUACAGAUGCUAUACGCUUGCAACUUGUUUCAUCCCUAAGGGUCUAUCCAGAAUUCAGCUUGUUGUAUCUCAAUCAUGAUGCAAAGUUGAAUCUGUCAAUUACUGGUGGAAGUUGUUUCAUUGAUGCUGCAGUAAAUGAUACGCAAGUUGUGGAUAUAAUUCAGCCUGCUUCAGGUUUACAGUGUGUACAACUACUGCUGGCUCCUAAAAAGUUGGGAACUGCACUUGUGACUGUUCGGGAUGUUGGGCUUGCACCUCCUCUUUCUGCUUUCUCUGUGGUUCAAGUUGCAGAUAUGGACUGGAUUAAGAUUAUAUCUGGAGAAGAAUUGAGUAUUAUGGAAGGGAGUUCACUAUCAAUCGAUUUUCUUGCUGGAGUAAAUGAUGGAAGUACUUUUGAUUCUUCGCAGUAUGCUUACAUGAAUGUUCGUGUUCACAUUGAGGAUCAUAUAAUUGAACUUGUCAAUCAAGAUGAUCUUUCCUGUUGUGAUGAUGGAUAUGUGAAUGUGCCUAACUUCAGAAUACGGGCAAUACGACUUGGGAUUACCACACUGUAUGUCAGCGCUAGACAUCAUACUGGCCAUGAGAUGCUGAGCCAGCCAAUUAAGGUAGAAGUCUAUGCACCACCUAGAAUAGAUCCAAGUGAUAUUUUCCUUGUACCAGGUGCUUCUUACAUGCUUACUGUGAGAGGAGGCCCAAAAACUGGUGCAUAUAUUGAAUUUGUCAGUAUGGAUAAUGAGGUUGCAAAGGUCCACACACCCACAGGACGAGUUUCUGCAACAUCGCCUGGAAACACCACCAUAGUUGCCAAGAUGUACAGGAAUGGAGAUAUAUUUAUUUGUCAGGCAUAUGGCGAAGUUAAAGUAGGUGUUCCUUCUUCAGCAAUGUUAAAUGUUCAAAGCAAGAAGUUAGCUGUUGGCCGUCAAAUACCAAUAUUUCCCUCCUUGUCUGAGGGAAAUUUAUUUUCGUUUUAUGAACUCUGCAGAAAUUAUAAGUGGAUUAUAAAUGAUGAAGAGGUGUUGAGUUUCCAGGCACCAGACAGCUUACAUGGUGGAAAUAAUGGAAUGUACUUGUCCAGUGAAAAAGGCGAUGGGCUGGCAGGAUAUGUGGGUGACAAAGACCUUGGUUUUAUUCAAGUAUUGCAUGGAAGAUCUGCCGGACAGACGGAUGUUACAGUUUCUUUCUCCUGUGAUUUUGUUGCUUACAAAUCUUUUUCAGAGUCAAGAUCAUAUACUGCAUCUAUUUCCUUGUCUGUAGUGUCUGAUCUUCCACUUGCUCUGGGAUCACCAAUUACUUGGAUUCUCCCUCCACAUUAUAUCUCGUCUGUGCUCUUGCCUUCAGCUUCUAAAACUUUCAGUAAAGGGGAUCCAACUAUGGGUAAGGUUACUUAUUCUAUAUUGGGAGACUCUAGAAGAAAGGCUGAAUUGGAGGAAGAUGAUCCUAUACUCAUUGAUGGGAGCCGAAUAAGAACGAAAGAGAGUGGCAAUCUUGCAUGUAUUCAAGCAAAAGAUAGGUCAAAUGGAAGAGUUGAGGUAGCCUCUUGUGUGAAGGUUGCUGAAGUGACUCAAAUACGUUUCACGGCAGAAAAGUUGCUGGUUCACACUUUAGCAAUUGGUGCUGAAAUUGAUGUCCCAAUCAAAUAUUAUGAUGUGCUUGGAAAUCCUUUCCUUGAGGCUCAUGAUGUUAUUCCUUUCGGAGUUGAAACUAACUACCAUGAUGUCAUCUCUGUUGAGGAUGCAGUUGAUGGCAAUGGAAAUGUCCAUCUCAAAGCAAUCAGUUAUGGUAGAGCUCUUGUGCGAGUAGGUUUUACCAAUGACCCAAAGAAAUCUGAUUAUGUGGUGAUUCUUGUUGGUGCUCGUUUGCAUCCUCAGAAUCCAACCCUUCACCUAGGGAGUGGUCUUAACUUCAGCAUAGAAGGGCUAAGUGAUCAAGUAUCUGGUCAGUGGUUUACUAGUAAUGCAAGCAUUGUGUCUGUGGACCAGCUAUCUGGACAUGCCAGGGCAAUAGGGGAAGGUUCUGUACAAAUUAUCUUUGAGAGUUCGAAUAUGAAACUGCAAACUACAGUUACUGUGUCACGGCCAGAGAUGAUGUCUGUUGAUGCUCCAAGAGAAAUGCUGACAAACGUGCCGCUUCCUGCCAAUGGAUAUAGCUUUCUUGUAAAAUUUAAUGAUGCUCAUGGCCACAAGUAUAAAUCUGCUAAAAACAGGGCAAUUUUCUUGUUUGAUUGCCUGGUUGAUCCACCUUAUGUUGGAUAUGUGAAGCCAUGGGUUGAUCUUGAUACUGAUAAUUCGUAUUGCCUUUUCUUCCCUUACUCUCCAGAACGUUUGGCACUUGCCACUCCAAAGUCAGGAGACAUUGGACAGGAUUUAGCUGUUACCAUCAAGGCAUCACUCGUAGGAGAGCAUAAUAUCUCAGGAUCUGCUUCAGCACUUUUUGUUGGGGGCUUCAUCAUUCUGGGAACAGAAGGAGAUUCAUUGCAGUUAAAUCUAACCCCACAAUAUAACAGGAGUGUCCUAACUGUUGUGGGAAACACAGAUGUGAAUAUCUACUGGCAUGAUCGGGAACGGCUAGCUAUCAGACCCAUACAUGGAGAAGAUUCUCAAGGAGGAAGCCAUGCUCAGUAUGAGGUCAAAAUUCGUAGAGCAGAGAAGUUUAAAGACAAACUGAUUUUUACACUCCCAGCAACUGGUCAGAUUAUGGAAGUUAAUGUUAACUAUGAACCCGAAGAGAGAAGAGCAACUGCUAAUCUUAAUUUAUGGGCUACUGCAGCUGCGUGUUUCAUUCUGCUGAUAGUCACAGCUACAGUAUUCAUUUCUUACUUGGACCAACCUGUGAGAUCCCGACCAUCUGCUCCUCCUGGCACGCCAAGUGUAGCAGCACCUGCAACUCCUGACCGGAGCAGUCCUGCUGUAGUAAGCGAACAUUCUCCUCGGACACCUCAGCCUUUCAUGGAUUAUGUUAGGAGGACGAUUAAUGAAACUCCAUACUACAGACAAGACGUUAGGAGGAGGGCUAAUCCUCAGAACACUUACUAGCGUACUGGGGGUCGUAUUUUUCCAUUCCCUCCCCUUUUUGCCUUGCCAGAUAUGUCCAAUGAUUUUUCAGGUAAUUGCCAAGGUCUUGAAUCUGGCUGCAGACUUUACAAUGAUAUUGCUGUAGUUUGUUGAUGUAAUUUUUGUAGAGUAUUCAAGCUGUGUCUUUUCAUUAGGACAUGGAUGUUAUGCCUAUGGAUACUUUCUUGAGAAGCAGGCUCAUCCGUCAAAGAAUUUUUAUGUCCUGCUUUCUGCUGGAAAAGGCACAAUACAAUAGCACUUUCUGCAGUAUAACUUGCCUAUGCACAAAAUAGAUAACAUGUCCCUGACUCAGAAGCGGUUGUGAGUUUCUGCUCUUCAUAUUUGGUAAAAUCAAGCCUGAGUGUGAUUGUUUUUUAAAUA